AUGGCCCGUGGUGCCGGUGCUCGUGGCGGCGGCCGCGGCGGUCGCACCGCCGGCCGUGGAGGCCGAGGAGGCUCCGGAGGCAAUGGCGGCGGCGGCCGCGGGCAGGCUGGGGCGCCUUCCCAAGCUGGCCCAGGCCCUGCCGCGCAGCUCCCGACCACCGAUGCCAACGCCUCCAUCGUGAGCAGGGUGGUCGAGGCCAAGGCCUACUUGGAGUCGCUGGCCCCUUUCAGUGACAUCCAUCGAGCGCUGCCGGGCGACAUCGCUGCUGGUGAUGGCCACAUGGCCGCGUAUGAUGGCGAGUCUUGCGCGACUGCGCUCAAGUCUCUUGGCAAGUAUAUCGCUGGCGGCAACUUGUGGUGGGUAGAUCUGACGUCCUCGCUGAACAUGUCUUCGGUCCCGGUGAACGUGGCGUCCGUGGAGCGCCUCGAACAGGACCUGUUCAGCGAGCCUCCGACUGUGUUCCCCGACAACAUCACGGUGGGCGUCUACGAGCCUGCAGACCCCUCCCAGACCUUCGGCCGCCUGAUGCGGAUCAGCCCAGAGGAGACCCACACGGGGCAGCACCUGGCGUUCACCCCGGAGAAGUUCGUGGUGCCCGAGCGCGGGGCGCCCUCGGGGCGCACCACCGAGACGUCGGUGCUGAAGCUGCACGUCAGGCCCCUGCCAGGAGCCACGGACACCUCUGCCCCGGAGCUCUUCGCAGCCAGCGACACGAACCCGGGUCUCCUGGCGGGGAGCCUGGCCAAGCGCAUCGAGACAGACGGCUCCACGGUCGUCAGCGGCAUGGGGUCGCACGCUGUGAGCAAGGUGUUGAAGGCCUUGCUCGUAGCCGAGACUUACCUCGAGCGCAGAGGCAAGCUCGAUGGGAAGACGAUCGCAGCGACUGUCCGGAACGAGGGCAUGGGCGACAGCCUCACCACUAUGGUUCCCCUGUGGAGGCCCGGGCGCCUUCUGGCCGCGAUGCGCCCGCCCCGGGGCCGGCGCGGCCCCGCCGCCGCCCUCGCGGCCGGGCUGGCAGCGGGCGCCCUGGCGGCCUGCCGCGCCGGCGCCGCCCUGGCCGUCGGUGGCCGCGUCGUCGCCGCAGCGCCGCGGCAGUGGUCGCCGCGAUGCUGCCGCGCCGCGGGGGCCGCAGGCGAGGCCGCCGACAACGCCUCCGCGCCCGCCAGCACGGGCGACAGCCCUGCAGCGGCGCCCGGCGCGGGCCAGGUCGAGGCGUUCUUGCGGCUGUGCGCCGCCAGCGACCGGGGCCAGGCCGGCGGGCCCGCGCUGCGCUUGAGCCUGGAGGCCGCGGUGGCGGAGCUGGAGGCCUCCAGCCACAGCGCGAGCGUGUCCAGGUCGCCGCUGCUCGAGGGCUCGUGGCGCCUAGUCUACGCGUCCGAGGAUCCGACCAGGUGCUCGCCGUUCUUCUGGGCGUUGCGGCGCCGGCUGGCGGGCGUGGAGGACCCGAACCCGCUGGGGCGGCUGCUCUUUGGGGGCGGCGAUGUUCUCGAGAACGCGCUGGCCUUCACAGACAGCGUGCCGAUCAAGAGCGUCGGUGUUGCCACCCAGCAGCUCCAGGCUGGCCGGCUGCUGAAUCAGGUCGUGCUCAGAGUCCUCGGGGCGGGGGAGUCCAAGAUGACCACAACCUGCUCCUACGAGGCCGACCCGUCUCUGCCGGGCGCGCUGCUCGUAACGGUCGAGACAACCCAGGUGCUCGGCGCCACGCUGGGAUCCGAGUUGCUGGACCUCAUCAGGUUCCCCUCGGGCGAGCUGCUGGGGGAGAGUGCGAGGGUGCAGAUGCAGGUGACCUACUUGGACGACAUGUUGCGCAUCGUGCGCGACGUGGCUCGGCCCAGUGCCUGCUUCGCGUUCGCGCGCGAGCCGGAGUAG